CCGUAGAUGCACAAUGAAGAUCUGCAAAUCAGUUACAUAUUUAGAGACAAUCUUGUGCCUUUUGGUCACAUUCUCUAUACAAGAAAUGUGCCAUCAUGACAAAGGGGGCCACAUCACAGGAUACAAAGGACAAAUACAAGAAGGCCACAGUCUGCAUUGUUGUGGAAAUCUGACGUAUAACAUCUCAGGAAGUUCUUGCUGUAAUGGUAAGAUAACACCAGGAUUAAGCCAGUCGGUGGCUGACUGCUGUGAAUCUGUAGCCUACAAUCCUCUAAAUAAGAUUUGCUGUAAUGGCCGUAUUCAGACUCGAAACAGUGCUCAAGAGAAGUGCUGUGGUUCAGAAAUUUACCAAAUGAAGACUCAUUUGUGCUGUGUUGACACUAUAUUUGAACUGGGGGAAAAUCUUUUCUGUUGUGGCAACAAUUUAUAUAACAGGAAAACCCACUCCUGUACUAAGGAUCUACAAGUGAAGCCCAAUCUCGAAACUUGCUGUUCAAAAAUGACAGAUGUACUGUCCACUGAGAACAGUUUCACAAAGAAAAGUGCUGGUUCAACAUUGAUUCAAAGCAAGCAACAACCCGUCUCCACCUCAGUAAGCCCACCCACCAAAGUCUCAGACCUGAUGUGUGCAUCAAAAGACUACAAUCCACAAGAGAGCAUUUGUUGCUCAGGGAACCCGUAUAGGAAGACAUCAGCACUUACUAAGUGCUGUGGUAAAGAUAUCUACAGUCUAUUAGAUGAGACAGUGCUGUGCUGCAAUGGAAAACUUCAUCGCAAUUUACCUGAACAGUCUGAGUGUGUCGGAGGUGUUGUAUAUACUCCUGGAGAGACUGCCUGCCAACUGUAUGUCCGUCCUCGUCUUGGUGAACACUGUUGUGGUGAAAAAACCUUAAAUCCUGAAAUUCACAUUUGCUGUAAUGGACACAGGUACAACAAGAAAAAUGUUACCUUCUGUUGUGGCUCAAAAGCCUAUGACCCAUAUGACAAGAGCUGGAGGUGUUGCUCAGGUCACCUCUACGCCACCCGUUUAGAUGGGAAAGCAGAGUGCUGUGGAACCCUCUUGCUGGAAGAUAAUACAUAUCAAACUUGCUGUUCUUCCACAAGCCAUGCCAUGCUUUAUGAAAACCAACCAAAGCACAUGUGUUGUGGGAAUAAUUACUACAACACGUCCCUGUGGAGUUGCUGUGCAGGACAUCUCAAACCAACACCAAAGACUGAUGUAUCUCAUACAGAGCUGAGCCUUAAGCCAUUAAUGGAGUUGAUCCCUGACAUAUGCAGUAAAAAAGUGCUCUUUGGAAAAGUGGAGAGUGUUGCACUAAACAGUUCUCAGCGUAACAUCGUGUUGAGAGUUUUUGUGAGGUUCCAUGUGAAUACGUCUGAAAUCAAAGACCCUUGGCUUAACGUGGCACUGGAUCACUGCAGCUCUCCUGCCCUAGAGCAUGGCAUGACCUACCUCUGGGAGAUAAACAAUAGUGUGUACAAGCCUCUCUCUCAUCCUAUUGACCAAAACUCUGACAUUCACAUGCUCUUAACUAUGUUACAAUUAUAUGAGGGUUGCAGUCAAAAAUAGCAAUACGUAUUAAGGUCUAUAUCCAGUCAUUUGAAACAAACUUGAAACUUGACAAGAACCUCAAUCUUUCAUUAAUGGUAAUGGCACAUUGAAAGAUUAAUUUGAAUUUGGUGUUUAAAAGCUAAAACCUCCUUAUUUCAGAAAAAUAUUUUACAUAGAAUUAUGACAUCUGUUACACUUUACACACCAAUAACAUCUGCAGAGGAUUUACAUAGAGUAGUAGUUAUAUCUGGACCUCCCAAGAAUAGAUUAUUCCUUUUUGGUGCGAUGUAUUAAGCUAGUUUAUUUGAUCAGUCUCUAUUUUGAAGUCUUUUUAGCUACUCUUCGAAUGUGACUGCAUAGAAAAUAACUUUUCUCCUAUUCUAUACUGAGUUCACUUGAAGAUUUAUUUAGUUUAACUGAUGUGCAGUGUUAAAUCCUUUAACAAUGCAAGAUGCACUGCAUGGCCUAAUACAUGUUUUUAUCAAGUACUGUGUUUUCAUCUGUCUCAGGUUUGUUCCAAUAUACUAUUUCAUAUUUUUUACGUUUUUAAGUGUUUUAUAGUCCUUUAUAAGAUGCAGGUGCUUAUACAAUUGCUUUUAGUUUAAUCAUAUUUGCCAUUUAAAGGACAUAAUUGUUCUUAAAAGCUAACAAUUCAUGAUUUAAAAGAAAGCAGGUGUUUCUUAGUUUUUUGUGUAUUUUUGUGUUAUACUCAACCAUAUUCUUUUUGCAGUUAUGCAUUUCUUUUAAUUUCAUUUGAUUGAUCGAUCGAUCGAUCGAUUGGUUCGUAACUACUUGCCAAACAUUGUAUUUUGUACUAGUAUAUCAUGUACUAACAUGGAAACUUUUCUUUAAUCUUCUCUUAUCUGUUAAGUACUGUUCCAUUCUCAUGUCUUAAAUACAACUGAAGCUAAUCACACAACUUUCAUAUUCAUUGUUGUGUUAUGUGAAGCAGUGUAUUAUAUUAUUGCAGACAUGAAAUUAUACAACAGUUACAUAAUAUUACAUAACUUGUAAUACAUAUAAAAACUAACGUUUAUAAAUAAAACUUUUUUGAGAGACGUGAAUGUGUUUGAGUGAUAUAAAAAAAAACAAUGGCAAACAUGAGGGCUUGGGGACAUGGACAUGGGGAAACAUAAACCAAUGAGCAAACAGAAAUGUAAACAAGAUAACAAGACAAUAAGCAUAAACCAAUUGCAAACUAGAACUGAUAACAACACAAUGAAACAAUAAACCAAUUAAAACAUGAACAUGGAGAUGACACAAGAACAUGAAAAUGACACAUGAACAUGUAGGGAAAACAGGACAUAUAAACUUUUCAAAAUAAAAGACAUGGAAUCAAGACAUGAACAAAAACACAUCUAUACAUGACAUAUCCCCCCUCUAGGGGCGGCUCCAGAUGCCCCAAAACAAAAACAGUGUUCAAGAGGCAACAGGAGGAAUAUGGGAGGGGCCUGGUACGUGGAGCAGAGGUUUGCUUGUGACAUGGCAUGGAGCAGUCUGGGGUUAGACUGAAACAUGGCAUGGAGCAGGCCGAACCUGGCGUGGCUGUGACAUGGCAUGGAGCAGGCUGACCCUGGCGUGGCUGUGACAUGGCCUGGAGCUGACUCUGGCGUUGCUGUGACAUGGCCUGGAGCUGACACUGGCGUUGCUGUGACAUGGCCUGGAGCUGACACUGGCGUGGCUGUGACAUGGCCUGGAGCUGACACUGGCGUGGCUGUGAUUUGGCCUGGAGCUGACUCUGGCGUGGCUGUGACAUGGCCUGGAGCUGACUCUGGCAGGCAUUGGCAAUGGCGUGGGAUGCUGGCUUGGAGGCCAUGUCGUGGAACUCUGGCUCUGGUUUGGAGGCUGUGGUUAAGGCUCAUGCAAGUUGCCAGAAUUAGCCAACUCAGCAUCCGUUUUAAAGGAUUUCUGGGCUUUAGGUUGUCUCCAUCUUCCAAAGGCAGCUCCAAUAUUUAUCCUUGUUUUACUACACCUCUGUUCAUGGUGGUUUUUAGAUGGAUGGCGAAGCUUUUUAGGUAGGGUGGAAUCAGUUAUCUGAUCCAGUUCGUUUGCUGGCUUCCAUGGCUGAAGCAGGCAGUGUUGUUUGCCUGCAAACUUGUUCAAAUCUGGCAACCCGACGGUGUUGAAAUACUAUUGGUGAGUGGGCAGUGGGUGGGAUCACACUGACCAAAACAUCUCCAUUAAAUGCAAUGAGAAUAUUGAUGGGAGAAAUGCCUUUGGAUUUGAGGAGGGAGAAACUAGCUAUAACAUACUGGGUGAUACUACAGGGUGUGGUAGAUAAACAUCCUACCCAUAGAGAACUAGAGGACUGUUGGGAGUAUAAAUGUAAAGGAAGUAAUAACUUCAGGUGGAAAAGUGGGCAGUGGGCCAAAGAUAUAGGAAUUAAUAGUAAGUCAUUUUGUCCUGUGGUGUCUUUAUGUGGUAAACAAUUUUGGAAAACCCCAGAAGCAAUGGUUGAUAUAAGUUUACUAGAAGAACCGAGGAAUAUGAAAGAUAUUAUGGAAAAAGGUGAGUACAAUAUUGAGUGAGAGAUUUCAUUCAUUUAUACAAAUAUAUUCAGAUGGUUCCAAAGAUCCAAUAAAUCAAAAUGUUGGCAUAGGAGUGUUUACACCUAAAUUUAAA